AAAUAUUCCAAAGAGCACUAAAAAAUUGAUACCGCAGCAUCUUCAACAAGAUUCAUUCCUAAAUAUAACUAUUUCCAAUUUCUCAAGCUGCUGUGUCUAGGUAGGGCUAAACUCUACUAAAUAUGCGUCAUCUUUAGGGAAAUGAAAGCGGCGGGGAAAUAAAAAAAAACCAGGCUUCAAAAGGACUGGAAUCAACGCAAUAACAUCCUUGAGUCUAUUUAACUUGCACAAUAUACUUUUGCCUCGAGGCAGCAAAUUUGUCCUAUAUCUCAACUUUCUGUAUAUCUCGCAUAUACAGUAUUCUCCCGGCAGAGCCGGAGCUCAUGGCGGGCGACGAUAUUACCCCUCAGCAAGGCGCCUCGAACGGGCUGCCAUUCCCCACCCUCAAGAAAUCGCAUAUUCUACAUUGCUCGUAUCAUUACUGGCAUCCGAAAUACCGCUCUAUAACCCCAAAAGCCCGUCUCAUCCCCUUGAAUGAUGCAUUCCUUACCUAUCUCCGCGCGGACGGAAUAAUUCUACCUCCCCAAGAUGGAGACCCUCCCGGCGCGGACGACGAUAGCGGCGUCUAUUCCCUAUCAGACGGCUCUGAGUCGGAUGACGAGGACGAGGAUCCUUCUACGCAAUGGCAGGAGAUACACGCUCAGAUAAAAGCGACGAUAGAAGAACUAGAUGGGAAAGUUGCCCCAAAACUUAACUGGAGUGCCCCGAAAGAUGCAACCUGGAUAUCGGCGACAAACGAUAUGCAGUGCAGAAAUCCUAAUGACAUAUAUCUGCUACUGAAAAGCAGCGAUUUUGUGACUCAUGAUCUGGAACAUGCUUUCGACGGAUGUGUAUCAGACAGUGAAGAAGAGGACAAAGAAGCAAAGGAGGAGGAGCAAAACCCAACAGAAAAAAGCCGCAUCCCAUACCACCUCGUCCUACGCAAAUACAUAACCCUAAACCCCUCCCUCGAAUUCCGCUGCUUCGUCCGUGACAGAAAACUCCUCUGCCUCUGCCAACGCGACCUAAACCACUUUAAUUUCCUCUUCGGCCUUCGCGACGACCUUCGCGACAAAAUCCAGACCUUCUUUGACAUCAGGCUGCGCGACACGUUUCCCGAUCCAGAUUUUGUGUUUGAUGUCUACGUACCCCCGCCGCAUAAUCGCGUGUGGCUAAUGGAUAUCAACCCCUGGGCGAUCCGGACGGAUCCACUACUAUUCUCGUGGUUGGAGAUUUUAAACAUGAAAGGACCAAGUUGCGAUGAGGAUGUGGCGAAUGAGAAGAGGGAGGGAGGGGAGAGUGAGGUGGUGCGAAUAAAAUUGCGCCAGGGCGGGACAAAGGAAGGUGCACAAAAAGAAGAUAGCCAAAGCGCGCUUGAGAAAGAGGAUGGUAAUGACAAGGAUGACGAAGAAAAUGAGGAUGAGGAUGAGGAUGAGGAUGACCUAGACGAUAUCACCACACUUCCCUUCGUGCCCGAAUUCCGUCUCGUGGAACACGACGAUCCAGAAGCAUAUGGCUUCUCGACACCACGAUAUUCGGCGCAUAAGUUACCCAAGGAAGUUGUGGAUGCGUCGAGAAGCGGGCCUGGUGGCAUGGGCGAGUUCCUCGGCCAGUGGCAGGAUAUCCUUGCGAAAAAGAUACAGGAAGAUGACGAGGCGGAGGCCGCGGCUGUAGGGCCUACUAUGGGUGACGGUUGAGAUUUGGGAUUUGUUACAGCACAGAUGAAAGAAACAAGCUCGUUCUUAUUAAUAUUAUUCUUUGUUCAUUUAUGAACUUGUAUGAAUAAUUAAAUUGGAGGUGACGGCAGGUACUCCAUGUCCGGGACAAUAUUUAUGAUGCUUUGAAGGAGUAAAGACAGUUAACAUUGUUCAGAGAAUGGGUGGAAUUGUUAUUUAUAUUUCAUGCACUUUGUUUUGUCUACCAUGGAACUAACUACUUCUUCCUUGCUGGUAUUUUAGCUGUGGGGUGUUGUAAUGAGUUUCUUUGUCCACAGGCUUGAAUGCCCCUUGCACAUGGCUUAUCGUCCCUGCAUCAUCCCCACGCAAUGAUGAAGUCCCGCAACGGGAUGACAACAUCUUCCCAAAAUUCAUAUACAGUACAUUGUUGCUGGGUAUUCUAAUUCUAGAAUUUCCAUCCUAGCCCUCAUAGAUCUAUCUAUCAUCUAAAUUUGAGAUUGUGGACACAAUAUCCCAUUCCGCACUGUCUCGUCAUCCGGAGAAAACACUUAGAAACACCUAUCUAGAAAAAAAAUGGAAAAAGAGACAAAAAAGGACAUAAUCAAGAGAGAACGCAAUCAAAAACCAAGGAGCAGAAAGUGACCUGGGCAAAGAAGAGAAAAGUUUCUAUCCCAACCAACCUUCCAAUUGUACACACAUCACCCCAAAAGUACAUGUACAUACAUGCACCUUGAGCCAAUUACAACUUAUGCUUCUUCUGCCCAGUCGCAAUCUUCAUAAACUCCUGCUGUGGAAUGCCAGCCAUAAACCUAUCCAUCCCCAUAAACACCUCCAAAACAUUCUGGUGAUCCAACACCCGCCUCCCUGGCCGUCUAAUCAGCUCCUUAACCUUAACC